AUGGCGACGCCGCCACCUGAUCAAUCCUCCUACAUUUCCUCGUACAACCGCAUCCUCGCAAUGAGAGAGCAUCAAGCCGAGCAAUUUGCUAAAGUGAGCAAAUGCUUCGACCGCAUCCUGAGCUCGAAGCCGAGUCACCCCGACAUCCCGGUCGAAGAGCUGCAGAUGAUGUUCAGAGCCAUGAAGAGAGAGACCGACGCGAAGCAGAGAGAGCUGAGAGACGAAAUCGACGAGAAUAGGCAGAUACUGUCCGAGUUGAGUCCGCAUCAUCUUCAGGAGUUCGACGAACAUUUUGAUUCCCUUCAGUUUGAAGAGCAACUCAACCGCGCCGGUCAGGAGAUAUAUGCAUUGGACGACAAGCUGCGCGCGCUCGAACGAGGACCUGGGGUCGAAAGCUCUCAAAUUGCGGACCCUGAAAAGAUUCGCCACGACUUCAAGGGCAUUGUGACUCAGACGGACACAAAGUCUGAGACGUCAUUCACAUCAUCUAGCAACUGA